AUGUCACGGCUGAACUCGACUGUCUUUGGUGCCACCUACGGGCAAGAGCUGCUUUGCCGCAGAAAUACCAAAACCUCUAGCUUUGACAUGACUCUUUCUGCUAUCCUGACAGAAGCUGAAAAUGCUGGUGGCCUACAGAGCCACCAAGCUGCUGAUUCAUUUAAUUGCAAAGCCUUUUUUGUUGAAGUUGGUCUCAGCUCCAAGUCCAAUGUCCAGCUCCCCAGUGUCUUUGGAAUUCUUGUCCAGGACACGAGUGGCUUUAUUGAGGAAGAGGAAUUGAAACUUUUCCUGAAGAAUAUCAGAGACAGUGCCAGAGCUCUGACUGAUGUUGAGACCAAGGCACUCGCAGCACAAGCUGAUGGCGAUGGAGAUGGUAAAAUUGGGGUGGAUGAGUUUCAAGCUCUGGUCAAAUCAUAA